CAAAUCCUCCUGCAACAUACCAUGGUGGUCCUUGAUGGAGUGCCAUGGGCCUUAAUAACUACUAACAUACUUGAAUAGCUGGUGCGGGUAUUCACCGGCUUCUAUCUCAAUCAUGGAGAGCCUCGAUGACACCCUCUUUCGAGAGGUUGCAGAAGACCGAAGCGUUGGUCCCUUGGACGACCGCUCUUCCAGAGCAUCUGUGGACAGCAGCACCAGGAACUCUACCUCAGACCUGAAUCUCCAGAAUGCAGCAGCUUCGUUUAUGUCCGGCUCUAGCAGCAAGUUCCCCGAAGACCAGCCCGAGCCCGUCGGCCGAAGUUUUGUCGACCAAGAUGACGACCUAAAGUCCCCCCGUGCGGCGUCGCCAUUCCCACCAGUGCCCUAUAACCCUCCCCAAGUACCGGCUCUGAGUGAAGAUGACGGCGAGGCAGAAGAUGAGGAACCACAAAUCGCGACGUCCUUUGAGCGGGAUUCUACACCGACAUCGGCGCAGAAACAACGCACGGCGUUCUUUGAUACGGGCGGGGAGGAAGGCAUCAACCGCAUGCACAAGUUCUCGUUGUACGAAACAGCUACGCGGUUCUACAUGGUCGGUAUGGAUCUGUCGGAUACACGGUUUAGGAUCUUGAAGAUCGAUCGGACGUCUGAAUCGGGGGAUCUCAGUGUGUCGGAGGACGACAUUGUUUACAGCAAGAGGGAAAUGAGUCAGUUGUUGGAUACCAUCGAUGACGGAAAUAAAAGCUCGGGUGGAUUGAAGCUCAAAUGCAGCGCAUGGGCUUUGCUCGGGUUCAUCAGAUUCACGGACGCAUACUACAUGCUCCUCGUGACGAAGAGAAGCCAAGUGGCCAUGCUCGGUGGCCAUUAUGUUUAUCAGAUUGACGGGACGGAGCUCAUCUCGUUGACGACAUCGAGCUCGUCUCGGCUCAGACCUGAAAAGAACCCGGAGGAGGCAAGAUAUAUCGCUAUCUUGAACAAUCUCGAUUUGACUCGUUCGUUCUAUUUCAGUUAUUCAUACGACAUCACCCACACGUUGCAGCGCAACAUCUGCCGGGAACGGAAAGCCAACCAGGAUGGGCAACCCAAACAGUUUCAACAAAAUUACAACACAAUGUUUAUAUGGAACCACCAUCUUCUUGGUCCAGCUCUCGAGACCCUGAGAAACCCCUGGGAAUGGUGUCUCCCUAUAAUUCACGGAUACGUCGAGCAGGCGAAGAUGUCCGUGUACGGGCGACUGGUGUAUAUCACGAUUAUUGCUCGUCGAUCUCGGUUCUUCGCUGGAGCACGCUUUUUGAAGAGAGGUGCCAAUGAUUUGGGCUACGUGGCCAACGAUGUGGAGACUGAACAGAUUGUGUCGGAGAUGACGGCGACGUCGUUCCAUUCUCCCGGGCCGAAUCUCUAUGCCAACCCCCUAUACACCUCUUACGUGCAACAUCGCGGGAGUAUUCCUCUCUACUGGACGCAAGAGAACUCGGGGGUGUCCCCAAAGCCAGACAUCGAACUGAACCUGGUCGAUCCGUUUUACUCCGCGGCUGCACUGCAUUUCGAUAACCUGUUUGAGAGAUACGGGGCGCCCGUGUAUGUUCUUAACCUCAUCAAAUCUCGAGAGCGAACACCGCGAGAGUCCAAGCUCCUGAAAGAGUACACCAAUGCGAUUCAAUAUCUCAAUCAAUUCCUACCAGAGGAUAAGAAGAUCAUAUAUCAACCUUGGGAUAUGAGUCGGGCUGCAAAAAGCCGCGAUCAGGAUGUUAUCGGCACACUGGAGCAUAUAGCCGGCGAGAUAAUCCCCAAGACUGGCUUCUUCAAGAACGGGUACGACGCAGAUUCCGGACUGAGACUGCAAAACGGUAUUGCAAGAACAAACUGUAUCGACUGCCUUGACCGUACAAAUGCUGCCCAGUUCGUCAUUGGAAAACGCGCCCUGGGACACCAGCUUCAUGCUCUCGGGAUCAUUGACGGGACAACAGUAGAGUACGACACGGACGCUGUGAACCUCUUCACCGACAUGUGGCACGACCAUGGGGACACAAUUGCCAUCCAGUACGGGGGCUCCCAUCUGGUCAACACCAUGGCGACGUACCGCAAGAUCAACCAAUGGAGUAGCCAUUCCCGAGAUAUGGUCGAAAGUUUCAAAAGAUACUACAACAAUUCAUUCCUCGACGCGCAACGCCAGGAAGCCUACAACCUCUUCCUCGGGAACUACAUCUUCUCCCAAGGACAACCGAUGCUGUGGGACCUAUCAACCGAUUACUACCUCCACCACGCCGAUCCCAGAGCAUGGUCCAACAUGAAGCGGCCGAACUACAUCUGCUGGUACACGCCCGAGAAUCUGAAAGAGAAAGAACUGCCUCCUCCUCCACGACCCCCCAAGGACUCCCUUUCCCAACACGACGACUACUGGCUCGAGUACUACAGACCGCUGGCGGUGUCAUCGUUCUCCAAGAUCUUCUCUUACAAGAUGAACUCCACCCUCCGAUACCUCCCCUUCCGCCCCGGCUCCGGGACCCCCUACGACAUCAGCCCGUUCGUCCCUCGCAUCCCACAUGAACAAGUCAACCGGGACCGCCACCCUCCCCGGACGGUCAAGAUCCAAGAACCCAUCAAAACUGCCAUCGACUCGUCCGGCCCCCCAUCGGCAGGCAUCAUGAAACCCACCUCGUUCGGCUUGCCCCAAUCCUUCUCUUCCCUGCAAUCCUCCGAAUCCACCACCCCCAGCAAAGCCCAAAUCGCCCAAUGGACCCUCGGCCAGCUCGUCACCGACUCCCUCAACCCCUCCGUCACUUCCGGUGAAGCCGAGGAAUACGAACGCUACAUCAACCACCCACUGAAAGUGCCGCUGGUCGUGACCUCCGAGGACGAGUUCACCGCGACCUCCACCCGCGAACACGAAUCGAGUCUCGAUCUCCUCGAAUACGCUAAUAAAUGCAAGGUCGAGGAAGCUACCCUCGAAGCUAACGCGGAGGAAAAUCUCGCUGACUAUGCCGAGUUUCUGAAUGUCUCGGAGGGUGGGCUUACCGUCGUCGCGGAGGACUACGAGAAGAAACGGUAUAAGCGCUAUCGGCAGUGGUUGAGGGGGAAAAGUCUGUUCAAGCAACGUGUGGAUAUGUGAUGUUGCUUAUUGAAUGAGCGUUUGUUUUACAUCCUACUCGCCUAGACACACACCCCACUGGAUGGUGAUCUGUUGAUUGUUAUGACACGGCUAGACACGAUAGGAUACCCCGCCCUGCUUUGUUUUCUUUCUUUUCUCUGUUAUGUUUGUUGCCCUCUUGUUCGAAGUACAUAGUUUGUAUGGUGUUAUAUAAACCUAUAUAUUGAUUGUUUCAUCCG